UCCCCGCCGGCAUGGAGGAGCCGCGGCUGCCCGCCCCCAUCAACCCCAACAACUUCCCGGCCAAGCUGUGGCAGCUGGUGAACAGCCCACGCUUCCGCUCCAUCUGCUGGGACGCCCGUGGCGAGGGGCUGCUCAUCGACCAGCCGCUCUUCGAGAGUGAGCUGCUGGGCGCGGGGCUCGGCUGCGCCACGGGGCCGGCUGGCGAUGGGACGGCGGGAGCUGCCGACUUUUUCAAGACCAAGAACUUCACCAGCUUCAUCCGACAGCUCAACCUCUACGGCUUCCGCAAGGUGGUGAUUGGGCCGUUGGGCAGCGUGGCGGGGCUCGGACCUGGGCCUGGCCUGGGGGCUGGCAAUGGUAAUGGCGGUGGCUCUGCCGGGCCCCUGCACCACUUCCACAGCCCCAACUUUCGCCGUGACCGCCCCGACCUCCUCAUCCACCUGAAGCGCCUGACGAGCGCCAACAAGGCGAAGCUGGCUGCUGGUCUGGAGGUGACCAGCCGCCCGCCCAACCGCUUCCAGCGGGUGCUGGGCACAUCACUGCACGUGGACCCACUGCUGCCGCCCUCGACACUUGGCAAGGCCAACGGGCCCGGACUGCUGACUGUAGGACAGUUUCAUCAACCUUAUCAUCAAGACAGUUUCCUUCCUUACUCCUACAUAUCGACCUCAUCCCAGAACAACGGCACUUUACCGACAAAAAGUUUAGAUUGGACUCCCGCGCCUUCCAGAACAUGGCAGGGUUCUCUUGGGUUGCUUCCAGGGCAUGAGGCUUCCCCAACUUUUCCAAAUAAAGGGGUUGCCUUUCCGGUACACCAAAGGUUUCCAACAGAGGUCACAUACACAGUCCAGCCUGUUGUCUCUCUUCUGCCACUUCAGCAAGGCUCUCAAACCAUUGCCACUUCCCUUCCAAAAUACAGCAGCUACGCAUCUUCAGUGCAGUACUCGCAAGCCUACCAUCCAACAGCUACAAUGCAGUGUUCACCACCUGCCCACGUAGAUCCUCUGCCUGGCUGUGCUAGUCCUACAGCUUCGACGUACACCCACUGCAGCUUUUUCCAGAGUCCUCCAGUGCAGUCACCUUAUACAGCUGAAUUUCUGCCCUCUGACUGGCCAUGUAAUACAUCUGAUGAAAACAAGGAGACAGAAGUAAAUCUUGAAGCUGUGUUUCAGAUGGUUGAUGAGAUGCAUUCAUCACCCAAAGCUGAAACUGUGAAAGUGGAACCUGUGGAGAGCCAGCGUUCAACCCCUCAGUCUAACAGAGGUCAACCACUGCUGGUUAAUAGUGAGAAUAGUUAUACACCUUCUUCAACUGAGGAAAGCCAACUGGAACCUCUUACUCCUGUAGCUGCAGACACAUCAUUUGUGAUGGGAGCAGAUCAAGCAGUAACUUGUUCUCCAUUACAGCCUUCUGUAUUUCUUUGUGCUACCCAUACCACUGCAUUUGUAGAAAGUGCUGCUGCUGAAGUAGUGCAAGAAUCUGUGACCACACAGGAAGCAUGUGAAAAACUGAGAGAGGGAGCAGAUCAAGCAGUAACUUGUUCUCCAUUACAGCCUUCUGAAUUUCUUUGUGCUACCCAUACCACUGCGUUUGUAGAAAGCGCUGCUGCUGAAAUAGUGCAAGAAUCUGUGACCACACAGGAAGCAUGUGAAAAACUGAGAGAACAACUGGAUCACUGCCCAACUCUGUCCUCCCUAAUGUUUGUUCAGGACGGACCAUUCAGUCCAGAACAGGAGAAUACUAGUGUUAAAUGUGAAUCCAGGACAUCAGAGACAGAAGAGAGACAAUUCACUUCAGGAACUGAGCCUGUGAACAAAUCUGUAGAAGAGAUGGAUUCAUCUGUAAAACCUAGAUGCAGGAAAAGAAGACACAGUUCAUGCAAUGGCAAGUCCCCUGAUCUCCAUCUGCUGGUAGAUGUGGCUUACAAGCAGGGGUGCUUUGCGAAGGAAGAAACAAGAGAGUGAGAAGUGGGUGACAAGUACGUGAAAAUGUGCAACAGCUGCCAGCUGGGUUCCCUUGUCAGACUCCAGUGGCAGUGCUUUGCACACAACAGACACUUUGGAUCAUUUCAACUGCGUUUUAAAAAAAAAACAACUCUAUUUUUUUUGCUUUCAUUUUAACUUUGUAGGGUAUUAGUUGCUGCAUUUUUUACACCUCUUCCGUUACAUUUUCUACCUGUGAAGUUAUAGAGCAUAUAGUGGUCAGAGUAUUUAAUAUGAAGUAAUUAGUUAGCUGCUUGUAUUUUUUAGAUAUGGGAAGUCUGAACUUUUUGUAAACAGGAUUUUUAUCUUUUCCAUUACAUUUUCUACCUGUCAAGUUAUAGAGCGUAUAGUGGUCAGAGUAUUUAAUAAGAAGUAAUUAGUUAGCUGCUUGUAUUUUUUAGAUAUGGGAAGUCUGAACUUUUUGUAAACAGGAUUUUUAUCUUUUCCAUUACAUUUUCUACCUGUCAAGUUAUAGAGCGUAUAGUGGUCAGAGUAUUUAAUAAGAAGUAAUUAGUUAGCUGCUUGUAUUUUUUAGAUAUGGGAAGUCUGAACUUUUUGUAAACAGGAUUUUUACCUUUUCCAUUACAUUUUCUACCUGUCAGGUUAUAGAGCGUAUAGUGGUCAGAGUAUUUAAUAAGAAGUAAUUAGUUAGCUGCUUGUAUAUUUUAGAUAUAGGAAGUCUGAACUUUUU